UUAUGCCAGAUUGGCUUGCAGAGAUCCAUGAGAAAUAACAAAUGAAAAGGCCUUUUGCUAAAUAAAAUUGAUUCUGAACUAAGUAAGAAAGACAAGAGGAAAAACCCUACCCUCCUGCACUCCCUUUCCAAUUUCUGGACUUUUCUAUAGCAGACACUCUCUUUUAUGCCAUACCCCGCUUUUAAAUAUCAUAUAGCUGUUUAUCCCUUUCCAGCCUUUAUAUUUCCUUUUUAAUUAUCCCCUAUAUGCAUCUCCUUCGUUCUCUCUCUCUCUCCCCUAUAAUUGCUAGCUUUGACAUAAAUAGAAGGAGAAAGAGAAGCUAGCUAACAUCAUACUCGAAGAAACACAAAAGAAGAAGUAUGGGGAGGGCUCCUUGCUGCGACAAAGCCAACGUCAAGAAAGGCCCAUGGUCACCUGAAGAAGAUGCGAAGCUCAAGUCAUAUAUAGAGCAGCAUGGCACUGGUGGUAACUGGAUUGCUUUGCCUCAAAAAAUUGACAUCGGUGUUGUUUCUGAAUCAGGUCUUAAGAGAUGCGGCAAGAGCUGCCGCCUUAGAUGGUUAAAUUAUCUUCGCCCGAAUAUUAAGCACGGAGGCUUCUCUGAAGAAGAAGAUAACAUAAUUUGCAGCCUUUACAUUAGUAUCGGAAGCAGAUGGUCCAUAAUUGCAGCACAAUUGCCAGGAAGAACCGAUAAUGAUAUAAAGAACUACUGGAACACAAGGCUGAAGAAGAAGCUUCUUGGCAAGCAGCGAAAAGAGCAACAGGCUCGCAGAAGUAGUGGCCUAAAGCAAGAAAUGAAGAGAGGAAAUGGAAAUCCCGUGGUUCCAGCUGAUAACAAUAACCAAAACCCUUAUUGGCCAGAGCUGCCCAUACUCGCUCCCAUACCAUACUCUAACCAUGAACCGCAUUUCAAUGACCAUGCCUCUAUCAGGAAAUUACUUAUCAAGCUUGGAGGAAAAUUUUCUGAUGAUGAUCAAGUGAAUCACAAUGCGAUGAAUCCCCAAUUCCCAGCUGAUGUAUCCUAUACCCAACAGCUCUAUGAUGAUCAGUCCAUCAAUGUCUCCUCUUCUGCUCCGAUGGAGGAGACCUUGGAUGAUACUGAUGCUCAGUUUGCACAAACACAGUACGACAUAGAUGGGGCUGCAGGUUUGCAAAUGUUGCAAGGACAAAGCAGUUUUCCUGCGGGGCUUGAGCAAAUGGUUAGCAGCAACCCGCCAAGACUGGACGGGCUGGAGUUUCUGUUAGGUGAUGAUAUGGUCAAUAACAGAAUUAGGACUGCUUAUGGCACUGAAAGCAUGAUUGAUUGCGGUGAGAUGACCUCUCUGAUUUUUCCUCCUGGUGCAUCAAAUUGUGAAGGGAUCAUACAACAAAGGUUGCUGCAAGAAUGUGCCUUUGAUGAGCCGAGGUACCCUGGGCCGCUAUAAUGUACAUGUAUGUUUGGUAUACUUAGAUUUGUUGCAAUAUUAGGAAAGUGGUGUUGGAUCUUAUCUUAUUGAACUUAUUUUGUGACAUGGUUUGCCUUCGAUUUAUAUUGACAGAGGUUUUAUAUAUAUAUAUAUGCUGCAUUCUAUUUGUUGAUCAAA